AUGCUGGGGAAACUAUUCAACUUGGGGACCGGCAAUGGCGCCAGUAGUGGCGGGUCGCCUCAGUCCAAUUACACCAAACCCCCCCAGUCGUCUCUGGAGUCUGUGCAAGAGGACAUUCACACCCGUCAUCUCCUGUUUCCCGAUGCCGACGCCCUGUUUCAGCACCAAAACGACCAGGUCUUUCCACUCUCCACGGCCCUACCAUCAACAACCCCAGGCAGCCCGUUUGAUUAUGAAGCAGACAUUGAGCUCGACGCACGACAUAUUAGGGUCCUCAUCAUGCAGGAUGCUGCUGGUCCUUAUCCGUUCCAGCUCCUGUUCGACAGCCAGGGGCCGCCCCCGCCAGCUCCCGUUGCUCCAGAUCGAUCACCGGGAGGGUUGCCGUCCUUCCAGGACCCUCGGAGGACGCCAGGAACGCCGCGUAAAAGCAGUCUGAACCACGGGUCUAGGCCCCUUGUCAUUCAACCGGACAGCCCACAACCGCGUCAGGGCGCCUUUGACCGUCGUGGCUCUCUGCAAGGCCGCACACAAACUACGGCUGAAACAGAAUUACAGCGCGCGCGUCGCGAGUACAACGACGAGAUCAGCGCAUUUUCCAGUUGCACAUUUGGCAAUUCCGAGUUGAUGGCUUACAAGGGCACCUCAACUAAAGUGCACAUUGUCCCUAGCUCUAGUGACAGUCGCACGGAGUAUGCCGGGUCUUUGCUGGGCGAUGGGCGUGGGUCCAUUGGAAGAUCAAGCAUGCGUUCAAGCCGGCUCGCGCAGUCGUACACGUCUGAGACUCUUUCUUCAGCACACCCUUCGGCAUCCUUCGCAACGACGUCGACGCCGAGGCAGUCUGAUAGGAGAAAGAUCCUCAUCACAAGACUAUUUCCGGUCAUCAUGCCCACUGACGAUUCUGAAAACGAUACCCCCAUGAGCCGAUAUUCCGACCAAAAUGCUGGGUUUCCCUUUCCACCACCAGAAGAGCCAGUUCCCAAGAAGAAGCCGCAGCCAAAGCAGAAGAGGACGCCAAUGUACGCCGUGGUGCUCGUCAUUCAACUGCCGCCGAGUCCCAACCAGACGAUGCCACCCGCUGCUGCUACACGCCUCGCGUUCAAGGGGCCUGGGUCUUACACUGACCAUGAUUUCUUUGCGUCAUCCAUGAGCUCUGCCCGUCGCUCCGGUUGGGCGAUGCCGGGCUCUGGAUUCCACAAUGAGUCUCUGGAGUCGUCAUUUUCCGCUGACGUGGAUGAUCGCAUGGAUGUUGUCACCCAGCACUGGGACAUCAUCAUGAGAACGCUGACGCAUCUCCAAUCUGUAGUGGCCAUGUCUUUAGGUGCCAUGCUCAAACAGGAAGACAUCUCAUCUCCGGAUCCAUCUACGGCGCCCGUCGCCUCUUUUGUUGGACGCACCCCAUCCCUGAACAGGAGGGGCGACGAUGCGCACAUGUUCAAACCCCCGAAAACAAAUUCCAAGCUCAUUGCGCUACAGUCGCAUCGUCUUCAACACGACGACCUCAUUGUACAACAUGCUGCCAUGGCAAGAGUACGAGUCGUCACUGGUCUGCGUGCGCAACGCGUCAUCACUGGCCAGGGCAGGUGGGGCAUUUGGCGAGACGAGGCGAGGUGGAUGGCUCGCAGAGCCAGCGAGAGGGAUGAUGGGUUCUCAUUCUUCUUUCAUCUGUUGACCGGCUUUCUUGCUACUCACAUGGACUGGCUCCAGGCGCUGAGCCCCAUGUCGUACCGAAGGAAGUUUUACGAGCAGCAACGAGCAAAGGGAGAAGAGGAUUUGUUCCUACCUGCCCGCACCGUCAUCGUUUCCCAGGACAAGAUGCUUGCGCGGCGCUUGAUUUUCCUGCUGUCCGCCUUCCUCCCGGCCAAUCAGCAGGUACCCACUGCACGCCCACACCGGCCGAGCACGUCAACGUCUGUCGGGGCCUUCUCGCAGUCACCGCCUUCCUACAUUGUGCCGAUCCUGCGCGAAGAGUCUUUACGCCGAAAGAUCAACCGCAGAACUGGACCAAGGCGAACAUCGCACACACGCAACAUGAGCCAAAGCACUCGCAUGUCCGGUGUCCCAACUCAACUCGCCCACCUUGCCAUGGAAGGACAUCAUGAGAGACGUUUCUCUGACGUAGGCUCCCUCAGAUCCAACCUCCCUAUCCCUGGCAAUGAUGUCGGGAGUAGGAAAAGCAGCGCGGCAACGACGACCACGAUCACGCCAGAAACGUCUAUUCCCCAUUUCUCCACCUUUCAUAGGACAGAAAGUCGACGGAGGCCGCGACCUGGCAGCAGUAGUAGCAUUGCCGCGGACGACCUCAAACGAUCCUUGAUACGCGGUGAAACUUCAGGACACAUGAGUAGCGCCAGCACCGACUCUCGAGCAGCAAGUUCCCGAUGGGGCAGCAUGAUCAGUGGCCUGUGGAGCACUGCCGCUCGGAGAGGAUCAUCCAACCUGACAAUGCACGAGUCCAGCAGCCCAACCUCGCCUACGAAAGGCAAUUUCGGUAGAACCGAUAAGCUGGCUGAAAUGGUGAGAGAAGCGUCCAUUGUGGAGGGCUAUCGUCACACGACCGACCCAAGACCGUCCAUCGAGGGUAGUGAGCCCCAGACACCUCGCGGUUAUGAUGAUGAGCAAGCCAUUGAUGAUGAACCCGAAAGGUUGGGGUUUGCUGACAGAACGCCGGAUCCCACGAGUGCGUUCCAGUCUCCUGUCAAGACCACCAUCAACCCCGAGGAUGGCGUAAUCGACGUCGACAUUCCAUUUCCUGACUACAUUACAUCAUUUGAAACUGCUGUCAGCUCUCCCUCAAGCAGUGGCUACCUCUCCACCCCUGGACUGGGCAGCGGACUCGAUGGCUUUGAGCAGCUUUCUCGCAUAGUCAUUGAUGGCGAUCUACCUAUGAAUGUCGCCGGGUACCUGCAGCGAUUUCAUCAAGACUUUGUGCUGCAAGCGAUCCCACCACAAGACGAUCUGGAAGGGCAGAUCAAACAGUCCAUGCGGUCGGAACCGACUCCAUUCAUCUUCCACAAGCAAGCAAGCGAUGACUCUGGGGAGAGAUGGGUCGAUGUCAGCUCAGUCUUGAUAGCAGACACAGCUACACACACAACCAAGCGCAUCCGAUAUCGCCGACUAAUCCGUCCAAGACCGUGGGCGGAACGUCCGGCCCCCAUGGGCUCUGCUGGUUCCAGCGUUUACGGCACCGCACUGCUGACUCCUUCAGUCAUGCCUUAUGAGCACCAAUUGGAGGAUGAAUUCAUUGAAGAGAACUUUGCCAGCCUGGACGACGUCCUGACUGAGGCUGUUGAAAGAGUUAUCUCACAGGGCCUCGACACGAGCAAGCACAAUUCUUCCAGUUCGUCACGAUCCACAAGCAAGGGUCGCGGACGCAGCAGCAGUGACGCUUCCGAAUCUGAAGAGAGCCAUACGAUACCGCACCUGGUUCAGGAAGUACCGCGAGGCGAAUGCAAGUCGGUCGUUCUGUCUGCCUUGCACGACAUUAUUCGGGACGUUGUGGAGAAGCGAGAGCACGAAGGUGAAGGACGCAAUGGAAACGGCUGCAGAGUCGUGAGAGAAGAGCAGGAAAGUGUCCUGCGUGAAGCGGUACGCGGAUGGCUUGACAGCAUGGAUGCAAGCGAGUGA